AGAAAAAUAAAAUAUAUAAAAAAAAAAAAUUGAACGGCGAUAAUAUCCGGCGAUGGUUCGACCAAUGGCGGCGAGCACAGCCAACCGAUCGUCAUCAUCGAUCUCCUGCGCGACAACAAUCGUGACAAUCGAUAAUUCCUCGGGAGUCUCCUCAUCGUCGCAGCCUCAAGAAGCCCACGUCCUCAAACUCCGCCCUAGGAAGAAGAAAGUUACGUGGAAAGAAGGAACCGUGGACAACGAGUUCAUGAACAAGAAGAGUUCCAAAAUAUGCUGUAUUUACCAUAAAGAAAAACCCUUUGACGAAGACGACAGUGAUGACGAAGGGCAUGAUCAUCAUCAUCAACAUCCAUCCAACGGCCAUGGUUCCUCCAAGGAUGGCUGCGGGUCCAGCAGCAACACCAGCGCCUGAUUUUGUUUUUAAUAUGUUUCUCUAAACUUUGUUUUGGAUGCAACUGAACAAAUUUUCAUUAAAUACUACAGUAUUGAUUUC